AGCCUGUUCAGAAGCCAUGAGCAGGGAAAAGCCGGUGAGAGUCAGCGCAGGCCAGAGAGGCUGGAGAGAAACCAGCCAGGGGAAAACGGGGAUAAAUCCAUUAACUGUCAGGGAAUUCACAAGGACCUCAAGGAAGCCACAGCCCAGCAGAGACUCCCCACAGGAGAGAGAAACAACACAUGCACUGAGUGUGGGAAAACCUUCAGUUGCCGCUCUGGCCUUAUUAAGCAUCAGAGAAUCCACACAGGGGAGAGACCCUACGAAUGCGGUGAGUGCGGGAAAAGCUUCAGCAACAGCUCAGCCCUUGUUACGCAUCGGAGAACCCACACGGGAGAGACGCCCUACGAGUGCCGGGAGUGUGGGGAAAACUUCACUCGGAGCUCCAACCUUAUUAUGCACCAGCGAAUCCAUACGGGAGAGAGACCCUACGAAUGCUAUCAGUGCGGGAAAACCUUCGCUCGGCGGUCAAACCUGAUUAGACAUCAGAGGAUCUAUAUAGGCAAGGGUCCCUAUAUAUGCGCCGAGUGUGGGAAAACUUUCCAUCAGAGCUCGGCCCUUGUUUAUCAUCAGAGAAUCUGCAAAGGAGAUCAACACUGCGAAAACCCUGGCAAAAGGCGGGGGGGUGGGGGUUGUUUUUUUUUGGUCCUCUAA